UCUAAAGCUUUUGCAGUAUUGAGAAACUAAAUAAAAUACUGCUUUAGUUUUGGAACACAACCUCAUUACAUUAUUAAUCUUUACAAAAAUGGCACGUCAAUUUAUCGUUUUUGCCCUUUUGGCUUUGGCUGUGGCCACCGCUUUCGCUGCCGACGCACCUUCAGCUGCACCCACUGCUUCUCCGACCAAAGCACCCACCACCCAAACCAAGGCUCCCGCCUCCGCACCCAAAACCUCCUCCUCCGCCCCCGCACCCAAAGCAUCGUCCCCUGUCGCAGAGGAACCAACCCCCGCAGAUGAUUACUCGGCAACCAGCCCCAGUGACUCUGCCGAGGGACCCACCGUAUCCUCCCCACCGGCUCCUACCCCGGAAAGCACAUCCGCCGAUGGACCAUCAUCUGACGCACCCACCGCCGAGUCACCCCAAAGCGGCGCCGUAACCAAUGUGAAGCUCUCUAUCGCCGGCACUGUCGCCGCCGUUGGAUUCUUCUUCUUCUCUCUCUAAGUUUUCUUUAAACCUGGAGGACGGAAUCAUAUUUGUUUAACAUUUGUGAGAGGAUUCUUUAACUACUACUGCAUGCAAUUAUACCUACAAUAUUAAAUGGAGUUUUAAUUACUAUAUAUAUACAUGUUUUUGAUUAAUUUUUGUGUGUUGAUCUUUUAUUUAAAUUUUGAAACAUAAUCUGAUUUCUUUUUUAAAUGAGCAUUUGGUCUUGUGGUA